AGCUGUUUGGACAACGGACGAGAGGAAAAAAUCCUGCAAAAUUUGGUGCUGGCUUGUGAAAUUCGUGAAAAUUUAUUUUAAAGCGGGCAAAAAGUAUUGCAGCGCAUAUAAAAUACUAUUUUUUCACAACGAAUAAGCCUUGGUAAGGCAUUGUGUUGUGUACUGGUGGGCCAUUUGCCACAAAUUGUGAGAAAAAAACAAAUAUUUUCAUAAGUGCGGCAUGUCGGCAUUUACUGAGACAGCCUUUCUGAAAAAAUUGGCAGAGCUGAAUUCAAGCCAACAAAGCAUUCAGACAUUAUCCUUGUGGCUAAUACAUCACCGCAAACACCAUGCGAGUAUUGUGAGAACCUGGCUGCGGGAACUCUUCAAUGCUCCAGAGCCCAAGAAAUUGACUUUCAUGUAUUUGGCCAAUGAUGUUAUACAAAACAGCAAAAAGAAGGGACCCGAAUAUGGCAAGGAGUACAUGAAUGCCUUACCCAAAGCCUUUGCGCACAUAGGCGAGACUUGCAAGGCGGAAAAGCUCUUUGGUAGUUUGGGUCGCAUUCUCAACAUCUGGGAAGAGAGGGGUGUAUACGAACCCAAAGUCAUAGAAGACUAUCGAACAAGAUUGAAUAAUAAGAGAGCAGAAGCUGAUCACAAAAACGCAUCCACAACGCCGCCUCUAAACGAUGUGGAUGAGAGACGAGAAUCUAAGAGAAAACAUGAGGAUGGCAAACACCGAUCAAAGAAAUCUCGCACCUCACCCACACACCAUGAGGAAAAGCAUGCCUCCAAUGUUCUCGAACACAAUGGUGAUGGUGAUGAGAGCCCCUAUGUGCCACAGGGUGAGGCACCAGAACCCGAAGAUCUCAUUAAGGCUUUGAUAAGCAUUGAAAAUUCAGCCUCAAGCGAUGCUGUGGUGCGUGAACGUAUCGCCAAUCUACCACCAGAAAUUUCCGAAGUCAGUUGUCUCUCAAAGUUGGAGGACAAGGAAGAUGCUCAAAAUUUGGCUAAACAGGUAAAUGAGGCUGUAGAGCUUUUAAAUGACUACAAUGCUCGCCUUGCCGCAGAAAUGGAGGAACGUACCAAAUUGACAGUCAUGUUGCGCGAUUUUCAGGCGGAACAAAAGGAAUUGUUGGCCCAAGCUGAAAAGCGUUUAGAAGAAUUUAAAAAGAAAAGGGAUAAAAUAUUGGCCGUACAACGGGAGAUACGUGACCAUCUUUCCAAUUUGCCAGAUUUAACACAAUUACCUGAUGUUACUGGCGGAUUGGCUCCCUUGCCCUCAGCCGGGGAUUUGUUUAAUAUUCAUUGAACAUGCAGCACUGGCAUCAGCCACACACAUGCUGGCAUCAGCCACACACAUGCAAGCAUACAUAUAUGUAUGUACAGUUAUGCCCUCUACAUAUAUAUGCAUGCAAUUAUGUUAUAAUUAUUAGUCAACCAAACAUUUGUCGGCAAAAAAAAAAAAACGAAUUCUAUGAAUUGUUUAAUGGAAAAGUAAAAUUAGAACGCAGCAAAACAGGACGACAACAACAUUAAGAUGAGGACAAAAAACCAACAACAACAAUAACAAAAUAUAGUUUUAAGAUAAAUAUUUUUUGGACACAACAAAAAAAAAAAAACAACAACAAAAUUGUUAAACAAGAAUAAGUCACAGUAAAAACACAACACACCAACACAGAACACAGGCUUAGUGUGCAACACACUGAUGCUACAACAUCAACAACAGAACAUGGUAUUAAACCAAAACAACUGGUAAUUAUAGAACUCCUCUUUUUAAAACUACUAUCAUAUAUGUUUUAUAUUAGUUUUAUGUACAUUUAAUGAGAAGCCAUCCA